UAUGUCGAAUCAAAUCGAAAAGAUUGCCGCUCUUCCUCUUGUUUUCCACUCAAGAAAAGGAAACUCAAGGGAGAAACUGGGCUUUCUUCGUCAAGACCCAAGAAGUUCGAAGUUCGAAGUACUUGGGAACGGCAACACCUUCUCCUUCUUCUGUAAUUAGUUUUCUAGGGGGUGCGUGAGGUAGGGUUUUAUUGGGUUGUUUCUUUGUCUGGUUCCUGGUGAUGGAAGGAGAUACCGAGGACAGGAGGAAAGAGGGCAUUGCCCUUGUGGUUAUCGUCGUCCUUGCUGCUUUGGCCGUGGUUUCGUUGUUCGUCGCCUUCAGCUACUACUGCUACAUUCGAAAUAAAGUCGCCAAACGCCUCAAGGAGCAGAGAAGGAGUGAGGAGUACGGAGAGAAGGGUGGUUAUGCAACCGUGCAAGUUGCAACUGAGAAAGGACUUCAGCUCUUCACUUAUAAGCAGUUACAUUCUGCGACGAGUGGCUUUGGGAAGUCUAAUGUCAUUGGGCAUGGCGGUUUUGGGUCGGUCUACAGGGGAGUGCUUUCGGAUGGGAGGAAGAUUGCUGUUAAAUUGAUGGAUCGAGCAGGAAAACAAGGAGAAGAGGAGUUCAAAAUGGAGGUGGAGCUUCUGAGUCGUCUUCGUUAUCCUUACUUGCUUGCUUUGCUUGGCUACUGUUCGGACAAUGACCAUAAAUUGCUGGUUUAUGAAUUCAUGGCGAAUGGAGGACUGCAGGAACAUCUUUAUCCUGAUAAAAAUGGUAAUAGUGGUGGUGUUUCAAAGUUGGACUGGGAGACCCGCUUGAGAAUAGCAUUGGAAGCUGCUAAAGGCCUGGAAUACCUCCAUGAACAUGUCAGUCCCCCUGUGAUUCACCGAGAUUUUAAGAGUAGCAACAUCCUCCUGGACAAGUCAUUUCAUGCAAAAGUUUCUGAUUUUGGAUUGGCCAAGCUAGGAUCUGACAAAGCUGGUGGGCAUGUUUCCACCCGUGUGUUGGGUACCCAGGGAUACGUCGCUCCCGAGUAUGCAUUAACCGGGCACCUGACUACAAAAUCAGACGUAUACAGCUAUGGAGUUGUGCUAUUGGAGUUGCUCACAGGCAGAGUGCCAGUUGACAUGAAAAGGCCUUCCGGAGAAGGAGUUCUGGUAUCUUGGGCUUUGCCACGACUCACAGACAGAGAGAAGGUCGUACAGAUUAUGGAUCCUGCCUUGGAAGGUCAAUACUCAAUGAAGGAAGUUGUUCAAGUGGCUGCCAUCGCUGCUAUGUGCGUGCAAUCCGAGGCAGACUACAGGCCUCUGAUGACAGAUGUAGUGCAGUCAUUAGUCCCUCUUGUGAAGCUUCACAGAUCUACUUCAAAGGUUGGCAGCUGCUCUAGCUUCCAUAACACCAAAUCUCCGGCAAAAUCUCCGACUCUGCAUGAAUUUGGUAAAGCCACUGUAUGAAACUAAUCAAGCUGACCAUGGGGAUCACUGCAUGUUCUGAAUUAUUGUAGUCUUUUUGACCUUCGCUGACAGAAGAAGAAACUCUAAUCCUCUUUGAGCUUUCUUUGUUUUGCUUUGAGUUCACAACAUAGCUGGAUAUUAUUACCCUUCCAUCCAUGUAUAAGCCAAAGGAAUCUUUCACCUGAUAAUUUAACAUGCUUAAUGCUUAUAAAGCAUUUUUCUUUUA